AUGCCUACUCAAGUUGAGCAAAAAACUGUUGAUCCUGAGGCAGAACUCAGCAAUGUCCAACGAACAUUCCAAAAGCUGGCGCCAAUGUGCAGCGUGGAGAAACGAGCUGGUGGUAUACCUCAGUUGGCACCACAGGAAAAACAGUUGGGAAUCCUGGCAAAUGAGCUUAAAGAAACCCUUCUUUGCAUUAACCUAGCGAAGAAAGGCCAACACGCCCUACGGGACAACUUAAUAAAAAGCGGUACCAAGAAGUCCAUAGUGGAGUAUGAACAUCUAGAAGGAAUAUUGAGGGAUGAAAGAGCACAGCAAGCUGAAUUAGACUGCCUUAAUUACUUGGCUCAAAAGCAGCUUGUGGACCUUUUGAAAAAAGUACCGACCGAGGCUGAUGAACUAGCAAUGAUUGAAAAUGCGAGCAAUCGUCUGCGUCGAAUGGAAAACAGACUAGAUUUAGCUACAAAACGAUUCUGUCUCGUAAACACAGAUAAUAAAAAAGUUCGCGAGGAAAUUGAUAGGCUCCUGGUCGAAAGAAACGAUUUCAAUAUUCAAUGGAAUCGAACAAUUGGUAAGCUGGUUAAAGGUAAAGAAUAUCUUAUGGAUAUUCUAGAGAUAGCAACGAACGCAUUUGGAGACAGAGAUGAGUGCUGUAGAAAAGUGGAGGCCCUGAAAUGGAAGGGACUGUUUCAGCUUAACCGUGAUAUAUCGGAGAUGCAAUCAUAUGAAGGCGAAUUAAACCAUCUAGCGAAAUUGGAAGAAUUUCUCCGAGUGAAAGGAUCCCGUAGGAUCUGUGAAGCCGAUGAAAUAGAAGAGAUUAAACGGCAGGAAGAGGUUCAGAGAUGCGAGCAGGAGAUUUCCAGGCACGAUGCCCUUUUAGAGGAGAUUUUUCAAUAUGCAGGUUCAGAGAGGGUAUCUACCGUGAUAAAUCAUUUUCGGGCAACAGAAAUUCAAAACUUCUCCAUAUUUGUGUUGCUUUGUGAAGUUCUGCAAGAGUCCAUCUUUAUAAGGAAGGAGUUGGAAAUGCUAAGACAACGAAUUUUGGAUCAACGUGAUAUGAACGAAGCGCGAGAAGAAAAAGAGGACAAACGUCUAGCAGAGCUUCGACUACAGUUACAGACAAAGAGAGAACAGACUGGAGCUAUUCUGGAAUCGAAUAAUACUGCUGAAGCUACGAUCCUGAAAGUCUUGAAGGGAAUCGAUGACCUUGUUAGGUUAGCGAAAUGUGAUGUGACUCCACUACUAUCAUUGCUCGGAAACCACAAGGAGGUGACCAAAUGGAACGUGCGCAAGUUUCUUAGAAUCUUGGAAUCCGAAGUUAAAUCUUUAAUUGAAGUUGCUUAUGGCGCUGUGAAGCCACCGGCUCCAACACCAAAAGCGCGUAAAGGACCAGCACCGCCCGCUGCUAAAUUGGUUGCAGAUCCUUACGUGCAAACUUUGCUUCCGAACAAAAUUGAGAAAUUGGUACCAUAUCAGCCAUGCGCAUACUGCGUUGAAGACUAUAUAAUGAACUUGGUGUUCGAGACGCCAGCGAUUCCAGCGGACAACGAAUACGUCGAAGGAAUAUUCCACCUCGAAGACAUAAACACCAAGUUUGGAAUAUUCACUCUAACUAUUCCGGCGUAA